UAUGAUUCCUCGGUUACCGGCUAAAUUUGUCAACAGAAGUCACUCCCAUGCCUCUUGGGACGAUCAGGCUAUUUGAAUCCACUAGGAAGGAAUUCAUAAGCAGAAGACACGCGCUGUUUAUUCAGACUGUUUUAGAGCUCAUACAGGUCGCUGGUUUAGAAGUACAAACCUUCUGGAUUGAUUAUGCAUACUGUUAAAACCCUACGGGCUUCCAGAGCAGGUAUUUUACUCAUUAAGAACGCUGGAAAAUGGGAGAGAAUUGCGGGAAAUUUGGACAGAAGACACUCACCUGCUCGGCUGCUGCACACGAGCGCAUCUCCAGGCCAGCAUCCGCGCCAUCAGCACGUGAUCACAGACACGGACGCCGCGACGUACAGUAAGAAGACGGUUUCUAAAUCUCAGUACCUGUUGUUCUACACUAUAACUCAACUAAAAGACAAAAACUCAUUAUGACACUUCCCGCCUGCACUCAAAAGCACAGGCUUGCUGACCUCUGACCCCCGUUUGAAAGACUGCAUGCAGCAGAUCCACCAAGCCAUCCAAGAGUCUGUUGGAACAGCAAUGAUGGACCAGGAGCUGUUCAGAAAAUGUGUUGGCAGUAACAUAGUCCUCCUGACUCAAGCUAUCCAAAGGAAGUUCAUCAUUCCAGAAUUUGAAUCCUUCACCUCCCUCAUAAACCAUCUGUAUUAUAACACACAGGCUCAGAAAGGAGGGAAAGUAGCAAACUACAUCCCACAGUUAGCUAAGUUCAGUCCGGACCUGUGGGGAGUUUCUCUGUGCACAGUGGAUGGUCAAAGGCAUGCUAUAGGAGACACCAAUUUGCCAUUCUGUCUGCAGUCAUGUGUGAUGCCUCUGGAGUAUGCGCUGGCUGUGCACGAGGCUGGCACUGAACUUGUGCACAAAUAUGUGGGGAAAGAACCAAGUGGCCUCAAAUUCAACAAACUCUAUUUAGAUGAAGAAGAUAAACCCCAUAAUCCCAUGGUAAAUGCAGGAGCCAUUGUAAUCAGCUCUCUACUAAAGCCUGGUUCCAACAAGGCAGAGAAGUUUGACUUUAUGAUGGAUUAUCUGAAGAAAAUGGCUGGCAGAGAAUAUGUUGCGUUCAGUAAUGCCACUUUCCAGUCAGAGAAAGAGACCGGUGACAGGAACUAUGCAAUUGGCUAUUAUCUCAAAGAGAAAAAAUGUUUUCCCAGUGGAGCUGACAUGAUGGCAGCCCUUGACUUCUACUUUCAGCUGUGUUCUAUUGAGGUGACAUGUGAGUCUGGAAGCGUCAUGGCAGCCACAUUAGCUAAUGGAGGCAUCUGUCCAAUCACAGGCGAGCAGGUGCUCAGUGCCGAGGCCGUCCGCAACACUCUCAGUCUCAUGCACUCCUGUGGCAUGUACGACUUCUCCGGCCAGUUUGCCUUUCACGUGGGGUUGCCUGCUAAAUCUGGAGUGUCUGGUGCCGUGCUGCUCGUGGUUCCUAAUAUCAUGGGGGUUAUGUGCUGGUCUCCAGCUCUUGACCGUGUUGGGAAUAGCAUCCGAGGCAUCCACUUCUGCCAGGAGCUAGUCUCCCUCUUUAACUUCCACAACUAUGACAAUCUGAGACACUUUGCGAAGAAGUUAGACCCUCGCAGACAGACAGGCCAUGAGAGGAACAAGUCUGUGGUGGACCUGAUGUUACAUAAAGGAGAAGAUAUUAAUUUGUUUCACAGAAUCGCUCUCUCUGCAGUCAAUAUGGAAUUGACUGACUAUGACACCCGUACUGCCCUACAUGUGGCCUCAGCAGAAGGUAACUUGGAUGCAGUCAAGUUUUUAACAAAAAACACCAAAAAAAACAAAACAUAUGCAAAGGACAGAUGGGGGAACACACCUCUCGAUGACGCUAUGCAGUUUGGGCACAACGCCGUGGUCAAGGUACUACAAGAGUACCAGAGCAUUUACACACACACACUAAUGCCAGAGGAGCUCAGAGCAGACACGUGUUCCGAUUCCACCAUGGACACAGAGGAACUGAAGAGCAUGGAGGUUCUGGAGAGUUUAGUAUGAGCGAGAACUACCAUGAACAUCCCAAACUUGGGAUGCAUGUGGGUGUGAGAUUUAUGACAAAGCCUGUGUAAGGACAUGCUGAGCAGGUGUUACAGAGAUAGUGCUUCAAACCAAAGCUCUGCUGUAUGUAGACCUCAGCUAGCUUCUGUUGAUGGUUUAAGAUGGUCAUUACUGUAGUCUCUUAGACCUCCAUCAGUCUACUGUGGGAUUAUGAAUCUACCAGGUUCUUCCAGAUCAUUUCUGGUACAGCUCCUCAAGGAUAGUUUGGUUUGUGAUUGGACCAAUUUAGAAAUGCAGAAGCUCUGUUCCCUUCACGUUUAUCACUGCAGAAGUAUUUUUACAUAAAAGCACUUAACUUAGCCAGUAACCUUCGUAACUAGAUGCCAGAUUCACAAAACUUUCUUCAGAUUAUAAUUCUUCUUAACUGCUUUUUUUCUUCUUAGUUACUGACUAUAUUCUGUAUUCCCAAAAAACUUAAGAACAAUCUUAAGACAAUCUUAAGCAUUCUUAAGCAAAAUGUAAGUAUUCAAAUUCUUGAGAAGAAUGUUGUUUAAAUUCUUAAAUCCCUAAAGGUGAGAUGUUUAAUUUUUGGGGUUGUUUUAAAUAAGCAUUUCUAAAAUGUAGCUUUUUACAUUUUAAAAUAUAUUAAAAUGCAAAACAGUUACUACUGAAACAUUUUACUUUUAUUAAAAAAUGAUUGUGAAUGGCUUACUAUCUAAAAUGUUAAUAGAUGGAUAAAUGCAUAUUAAGAUAUACCAUAAUAAAAAAAUAUGCCAUUGAAAUUGUUGUAUUAUAUAAGGCAACCACGAGCAAACUACAGUAGUAUACAAUUAUAAAAUAAAAAAGCCUAACAUUUUAAGAAAUGUUGCUCUUAAAGAUGUUUUUAAGAAAAUGUUUGAGAACUCAAAUUAAAAAAUUGGCAAAAAAAAAUCUAAACCUGUUGGAAUAUGUCUUAAUGGAUGGACAUCUACCUUAAAAACUUUCUUGACUUCUUUCAUGGGAAGAUUUUUGUGACUCUGCCUAGUAUACGAAGUACAAUGCUAAUGUAAAAUUAAUAGGCUAUCUUUUAAGAAAAGCAUGCAUGCACAUUAAAAAGUAGUUUGUUUAUUAAGUAACCAUACUGGAAAUGUCAUUAUGUCAUAUUACCUUAAGGAGGUUAGCAAACCAAUACUCUUCAUAAUGUGAACUUUGGCCCAGUUGUCCAAAUGACAAAGCUUUCCGUGUCAUUUAGGUUAUUAAUAAUCUUCAGCUAAACAUUAUGAGUGAGUAUUUGUAUAUUUGCACUAUUUUUAAGAUGUUUGAAUUUCUUAAGAUUGUUAAUAGACUUUUUUGUAUGGUAUUACAUAAUUUUUAAAGACAUUAUUUUAAUGUAGGGCACGAAAGCUUUAACUGAACCCACUUGGGAAGUAUCUGGUGUGUAUUUUGCCAAAACUGAAUGUAUUUAAAACUUGGUACGUGGACUCACUUUAUUGUUGGAUACAAAAUUGAACGUUUUGAAGAAAAAAAAAAGUUCAGAUAGUUAAAGGAGUGUAUGAGUAUGGACAAUAUGACAUGAAAUGAGACAAGAAAAAAAAUGGAUGUAUAAACUGUAAAUAAAGAAAAUUGAAAAACU